AGAGAGAGAGAGAUGCUCCCUUGCACAUCUUACAUGUUUUAACAUCCAUAAAGGGUAUUGUUUGAUCUCUGAGAACUUUGAUUGGAUGCUCGGGACAUCCUGUAUGUUGCUGUAUGAAUAUAAAUCUGACCCAUCUUCCUUAAUAAAGUUAUGAGUGUUAUGGCCGCACACUGGCUCUCUGUAUCAGUUUGAUUCUCCGCGGAUCCUGCGCUGUGACUGCUCUAAACCACAGCUGAUGACUGCUAGCAUCAAGACUCUGAACAACUUACUGCAAAGCCUCCAGGCAAAAGAAGACUACUGUUAAAACAACGUAUUCAUUUACUCAGAACAACAAGGUCAUGGAGAUCCACCCGUCUGCUGUGAUUCUGCUGCUGCUCUUGGCUGCUUCUUUCACUGCUUAUGGUCAACCAGAUGAUAUAAAGCCUCGUUAUAAAAAAUUCCUCAAUCAGCAUUUGGGUCCUCAUGUGAAUGAGCAUGCUUGUGACAGAGAAAUCAGAAAGAGAGACAUCACUGCCCCUGGAACUGCAAAUGGCUGCAAAGAAGUCAACACUUUCAUUCAAGCAAAUAAGAAUGAUAUUAAAGUAGUUUGUGGCAAAGGAGGAACUCCACAGGGCAAUAAUCUGUUUAAGAGCAACCAGCGUUUUCCUGUGGUCACGUGUAAAUUACAAACUAGGCAGAGACACCCAAAUUGCCAAUACAGAGGGAAAAAGUCCACUCGUUACAUUGUUUUGGGUUGUGAUAGAGGAUGGCCUGUACAUUAUGAAGAAGGCAUAAUUAAUGCAUAGAUGACAGGCUAAAUAGAUCCUCACAAAGCUUGACAAAAUUUUGCUAAUCAUUUGUUCACCACUCUUUUUCUGUCAAAAAGUGCAGUGGCUUAACUAUGUUUUCAGAUGUGCUGUAAAUCUGCAAACCACUGCUUGAUACAGUCUAAAGUCCACCAAUGAGGCACAGCUGUGAACAUGAACACAGUGGCAAUAGAUUUAUUACAUUGUUUGUUGUGUUUGUUGUGCUUUAAAAAGCUAUAUUACAAUUGUUAAUUAUAUUUGAGUAAUAGAUAAAUGACCUCUGUCAUUAUGGCAGUCUGCAGGAUGGAGAAUACGAUCUCUCAUAUCAUGGUGCACCAGUCUGUUUUUACAUUCAUUAAGCAUAAUGUUAAAAUGUAUUUAACUUUAAUGAUAUAUUCUUCAGAAUCUGAGGUCUUCACUUCUUCAUGCAAGUCUCUGUGUGUAAUUGUGCAUUUGUGUGCAAAUCAUGUGCAUGAUUCAGCUAGUCUAACACAAUUUUAAGCACUCUGUUAACAAUUGUUGGGCAUUAAAA